GCGCUGAUCGACGCCGAGGCCACUUUGGCCGCCUGUGCCGCCGCUGUCCGCUGCAGUCCGUCUAUCAGUUCCCAUCACUCCAUACCCGACGGCUGUUCCGAAUCCGAAGUGACUUUAGAGACACCGCUCGUUAAUAGCGUUAGACAUAAGUUUUAUACACACGAGGCCUCAAAUCCAGAUAAAAGCGCGACUCAUGUCUAAUUAGAUGGGAAGUGGAUGUGAACCAAAAGUGACAAUUAAAUAUAUGUAAUAUUUAUAUACAGUGCAUAACAUCUAUAUAUGGUUUGGAGAGAAAACAACAGAAAAAUAAUAACGGA